AUGAAGAGACUGGCAGAAAAGGAUCCAGAUCUUCGCAACAUUGCGCCCCUUGUCGGUACCACCCCCUCGUAUCUAUCUGCGAAACAAGUCGAAAGCAUGCAAUCGUUUGUUAAGAAGCAUCCUGAGGAUGGAAUUGACAUUCUCGCUGUGAUAACGUUCAUUGGGUUCUCGACUUUUAUGCUGGUUAUGUCUGUGGCUUUGAUCGGGACAGUUUUCGUGGAAUAAUAGAAUCAGGAGCCCAUUUUUUGAGCAGGGAACAAACAAUAAUAAUAAUUUUGAAAAGCCA